AUGGACAAAAUACUGCAGGGCCUACCUCAUGUAAUCUGCUUCCAAGACAACAUACUCAUCACUGGGAAAAACCUCCCAACUCAUUUAGAGAAUCUAGGCAGGGUCCUGUGUGGACCGGAAAAAUACAGCAUCCACUGCAAGAAAUCCAAAUGCUCGUUCCUGAAGCCCUUAGUGGAAUACCUGGGACAUGUGAUCAAUGAAACCAACCUCUCAACCUCACCCAGAAAGGUGGAGGCAGUGGCGAAUGCACCAGAGCACAAAAAUGUUAAGGAGCUUCUUUCAUUUUUGGGACUUGUGAAUUACUAUGGCAAGUUCAUUUCCAGUUUGGCUACCAAGGCAGCAUCACUGAAUAAUCUGCUGAAGAAGAAUGCAAAAUGGGAUUGGUCACGAGCCAGUCAGGAAAGUGUCAAGGAACUCAAGCAAGAGUUUACUUCUGUUAAAGUCCUGGCACAUUUCAAUGAAAACUGA